AUGUCAGCCCACAGCGAGUGGCAUGCUUCCUUGCCUUCCUCGCCCCUCUUCUUCGGCAAGUGGGCUAUCAAGUCCGGCUUCCUGGAAACAUCGUCGUCUUUCAACUCAACUCGGGGCCGUAUCGACCGUAUUUUGAAACACUUCAAAGGCUGUCAGAUCCACCAUCAUUGCUAUUCUGAGCCUUGCCCGAGUCAGAAACGGGAGCGACGGUCGCUUCCGAGCUGA